UUAAAGUUCAUUCAUAAAAGACGAGCAGUUAUAUUUUUGUGUUGAAUUUCGUGAACUCUAUCAUUAAAACCAUCUGUGAUAGAAAAUGAUCCUUAAACUUUCAACGAAUAUCAAUCGCUUCAAAUGGUACGAUCACUUUUUGUUCAUUAAUAGUCUACGGCAUCAAUCGAAUCAAUCAUCGAGUAAGCUUUAUAUCCAGGGACAAAAUGAUCCAGAACGACCGAAGAUUCGCGAAUAUUUCUAUUACAUUGAUCACAAUGGAAUGUUAUUUUUAGAUGAUUCUCGUAUGAAAAAUUUUACUAGUUGUUUUAAGGAAAAACAAUUUUUGAAUUUCUUUUUCAAAAAUAUAAAAUUUAAUAAAAUGGGUCGUUAUGAGAAAGAAUUUCCAUACAUUUCAUUAUGUGGAAUCGAAAGAAAUUUUAUACGAUGCGAUGAUGUGCCUAUCGUUUAUACGCAUAUAGUUCCAAAUACUAAGGAUUCAUCGAAAAAUGAAUUUAAUCUGAUCAUUGCUAAUUCGGAUCUAGCUUUUCCAUUCAAUCCUGAAUCAUUGUACAUGUUACCGGAAUCAAUCAAUACUGAAAAAGACAAUGAUGAUGAUGAUGAUGAUGAUCAAAGUAUCCUGAAACACGGUGGACGUAUCUAUCACGAAGCCGAUGAUCGAUUCGGAAGUUAUGGAUUAAUACGAUCAAUGCUUGCCCAAGAGAUUGGCAACCUGUUCGUUUUGAAUGAACAAAAAAUACCAAUCAUUUUCAAAUGGAACGGAGUUGAAUACAGACUAUCGAAUAGAUUAGCUUCAAUUGUCAUUGGAAAUAAGGACAAAUAAACCGGACAAUAAAAUUUAUUUCUUUUUUAUUUGUA